AUGGAGCGUUUGACAUCACCGCUCCCUUUCCUCGAGGCCAUUGAGAGUCUCAAGAACCUGAAGCGGACCGGGUGGUGCAAGCGAGAUGUACGCAAUCCAGAGAGCGUGAGCGACCACAUGUAUCAGAUGGUUUGGUUUUGUCUGGCGCAUCCAGAGCUGAAAGACGAGGACGAGAUGGCGGCGGUUAUGAUGUGUUUGAUUCAUGACAUUGGUGAAACGACCGCCGGGGAUAUCACACCAGCCGACGGAGUGGCGCCAGAGAGAAAGCAUCUCGAGGAGAAACUUGGCCUCCAAUACCUGUCCUGUCUUCUGAAGACCUCGAAUCCUUCUUGGGCGAUCAAGUUGCCCGAGAUCUGGCUUGAGUAUGAAAGCGGGGAGACCCGCGUUGCAAGACUGGUCCGUCAAGUGGACAAACUGGAGUGUCUUCAUCAGGCCUACAUGUACCAGAAGCGGCAGAAAGGCAAUUCUAGGCUUGCAGAGUUCAAGUACCUCCGAGAAAGGAUGACUGAUCCCUGGCUACUGGACCAGGCAAACCGCAUACUCGCAGACUGGGAAGCACUCGAUGCGAGCCAGACUGCUUCGACUGGAUUGGUGUUUGUGAUCGGCGGUCCGGGAGUAGGCAAAGGAACACAAUGCACUCGUGUCGCAAAGGAUUUCGAUUUCCAGCACGUGUCUGUGGGAGAUUUGCUGCGGCAGGAGCAAGACUCUCCUGGGUCCCUUUUCGGCGAUUUCAUUCGCGAAAGCAUUCGGAAUUCGGUGAUUGUGCCUCCCUCCCUCACGAUGCUCCUCUUGAAGGAAAGAAUUCAAUCCAUCCAGUCGAUGGGUAAAGGGGUGCUCAUUGACGGAUUUCCGCGUAGCGUGAGCCAAGCCGUUGCGUUUGAGCAGGAGGUUGAUGCGACGGGAUCUGUCGAUGAAGUAUAUGCUUCAAUCACGAAAGUUGUGAAGGAAAUGAAGGGCUAA